GUUUUGUGCGAACCUUAGCUUAAGCGCUUUAUCUUCUCCACCGUCCUAUCUCAUCCUCAACUCAAUCGAGCGAAGAAGAGAGAAGGAGAAGGCGAAGCUCAGGCAUGGGCUUCGUGAUCGGAAGCUCAUGCUCCCUGCAUUCUUCUCCGUGUCAACGUCCGUUCCUCGUCCCUUCCCCGUCGUAUCAUCAACCCCUCUCCUCGUGCUCGAGGAACCCCGGGACGAGGACGAGGACGAGGAGCCCGGCGACGUGCUGCUCCUUGACUCGCGAGGAGAGCUCGAGCGAGGACGCCGUUUCUCGCAGCAGGAGGGCGAUCCUCUUCGUCGGCGUCUCGGUGCUUCCGCUUCUACGCCUGAGCGCCAAGGCACUUGAGGGAGCCGAGGAAACCAAUGAAAUCGAGGUAAGGACUACUGCAGAUAAUCAAAAAGCAGAGGAAACAAAUCCUUUCUCUCUUCUGAAUGGACUAGGAAUAUUUGGUUCAGGUGUGCUUGGUUCUCUCUAUGCACUGGCUCGGAAAGAUAAGGCAGCUGCUGAUGCCACAAUAGAAUCGAUGAGGACCAUGUUGAAAGAUAAAGAAGCUUCAAUUGUUUCCUUGGAGAAAAACUUUGAAGCGACGCUAAUGAAUGAACGAGAAGAACGGACCAACACCAUGAAAAAGGUCAAGGAAGAACAGCAGUCUCUGAUGAAUCAGCUAAACUCUGCGAACUCAACAAUUGCAGGGUUAGGAAAGGAGCUGAAGAGUGAGAAAAGAUUGAUUGAGGAGCUGAACAUUCAAAAAGAUAAUCUUCAGACAAGGCUUUCAAAGAGUGAGGAGGAUAAGAGAUCACUUGAAGAAAGUUUAAAAGAGAUGCUUGACUCAAUUAAACUUUUAGAAGAAAGAAUAAACUCGCUGAGCUUAGAGCUGAAGGAAAAGGAAGACCACCUUCAAGUUCUCAGGUCCUCUCUUGCUGCGAAGGAAUCAGAGUUGGAAGAUGUUACUUCUAUUUCCAGUAAAACCAAGGUUGAUUUAGCCAAAGCACAGUUGGAGAUCAAGGCAUUGAAAGCUACUCUUCUGGAGAAUCAGAAAGAACUAGAUUCGAAGAACUCUGUAAUCGGCGAACUGAAUGCAAGAAUAAAUUCUAUAGCAUCAGAGAAGGACAAUCUUGGGAGAAAGCUGGAUUUGAUACAAGAGGAAUACAAUGAUCUGAAGUCUUCAUCCGAACAAAAGUCAGCUUUGGAUGUGAAGCUUUUGAAAGAGAGACAAAAUGAAAUUCACCGGCUUAGUGAACAACUUGAGCUUUCUCACAGUCAAGUUACUGAAAAACAGAAGAUGAUUUCCAAUUUGACAAAUGAAAGGAAUGAUCUGGAGAAAAAACUGGAUGUAGAGGUUAGCACCGUAGAGAAUCUGCAACAUGAACUCAGUACUGUUCAGGAUAUGCUGGAUAAGUCAAGAAAAGAAGCUUCUAAUUUGUCGAAGGAACUACAGUCUUCAAAGAAUUUAUCUUCAGAACUUCGGGCUGAAAUAUCUCGGACUAAAGCUGAGUAUGCCGAGGAAAACAAUUCACUGCAGAGGAGCCUCAAUGAGGCCAAACAGAAGAAAGAAGCGGUCUUGAUUGAACUUGCUUCUGCAAAGGAAAGUUUGAGCGAAACAAUGGCAGAGCUUCAAACAGUGUCUGAGGAAAUGGGGGCUUUGGUUGAAAAUCACAAUGGACUCAAGAAAGAAUUGGUUGAUGCCUAUAAAAUGGCGGAAUCUUCAUCAAAUGAUUUAAAAGAGGAAAAAAAGGCGGUCACAUCCUUGAAGAAAGAAGUGCAAGUUUUGGAGAAGCAACUUCUGCAGGACAAGGAAGCACAAGAGUCACUCAAGACUGAAUUGGAGGAAGCCAUAAAAUCACUUGAUGAACUGAACCGAAACGCAUUAACCCUCUCGAAGGAUCUAGAUGCAGCUAAUUCUCAGAUUUCUACACUUGAGAAUGAGAGAGAGGUGCUCUACAGAUCACUAACUGAACAAAAGAAAGCAUCCAAGGAGGCCCAGGAAAACCUGGAAGAUGCUCAUAACCUCGUAAUAAGGCUCGGAAAGGAGAGAGAGAGCUUGGACAAGAGAUCGAAGAAGCUUGAGGAAGAUUUGGCAUUGGCCAAGGGUGAGAUACUGCGGUUGAGGAAUGAAAUGAAUUCGACGAAAGUCAUUGUGAACGAUCAGCAACCCAAGAACGAUGAAGCCGAGGGCAAAGUCACUGUUAAUGCGAAGAGAACUGUCAGGAGAAGAAGAGGUGCUUCUCAAUGAGAUCAUGGGACUGACUGCAGAUGAGACUAAUGUUGCUAAAGAUCCUUUCCGCUGGGUUUGCUAAUAUUUUUGCGGCAAUGGAGUUCCAUGUGCACCUUCCUUCUGUGGGUGGGAAUUUUACCCUAUUCCACUAUACAUGUUGUGAAUGUCACUGUAUCUCAAGUUCAUAAAUAUGUAAAUUGUCACUGGACGCUCAUUUCUCUGUUCUUUUUUUUUUUUUUUUUUUUUUGUGCUCAGAAUUCUACC